AAAGGUGUUCAACUUAGAGCAUUGAGAACAUAAUGAAAGGAAAAAAAGCAAAGCAUGGUGUGAAUGGGAAGAAAGGCGAAAUGAAAUGAAAUGGUGGCGUAAAUGCGGUAGCUAAAGCCCAGUUGUAUGUGUUGAUUGCUAAAUGCUAAUGCUCUCUCUCUUUCACCUCUCACCAGUCACCAGUCACCAGACAGCUAUUACUACUGAGUACUCACUGAGUACUCAUGAACCAGCACACCACUGCACCACUCCUCACUCACUUUCUUCAACCUCUUUUUCCUCUUCUCCUUCCAAUGUUGCUUCUCACACCUUGAAUGCUUUUCUAUUCACCCACCCAUCAUGCUAAUCAAUCUUCACCUCUUCUUCUUCUUCCUCUCUCUCUCUAGCUGUGCACAUGAGUCCCAUAGCAGUAGAUUAGAUCAUCUUCAAAGUUCUGUACCUCAGGGCAACCAUGUCGAUUUUAUGCUGCCCGAAAUCUCACCUAUUGGUGCUCCGCAGCCCUUUCUUCCUCUUCUUGCACCUUCACCGUUGGCUCCAUUCACGAAUACCUCUAUCCCAAAGUUAUCAGGACUCUGUGUUUUGAACUUCACAGCUGCUGAAAGUUUGAUGAGUAUGACAGCAAUUGAUUGCUGGGAGGUUUUUGCACCGUUUCUGGCUAAUGUAAUAUGUUGUCCCCAGGUGGAAGCGACUCUCACGAUUCUGGUUGGUCAUUCCAGUAAACGUACCAAUGUAUUGGCCUUGAAUGGGACCACUGCCAGGCACUGCCUUUCGGAUGUGGAGCAGAUUUUGAUGGGCCAAGGUGCCAGUGCUAAUCUGAGGCAGAUAUGUUCAAUUGGUACUUCAAAUUUCACUGAGGCAUCUUGCCCAGUGAAAAAUGUGGAUGAGUUUCAUGACAUGGUGGAUACUUCUAAACUCCUUACUGCCUGUGAGAAAGUUGAUCCAGUGAAAGAAUGUUGCUACCAAGUUUGUCAGAAUGCUAUAUUGGAAGCUGCAACAACAAUUGCUUCAAAAGGUCCUGAUCUUAUGGGCAUAGAUGCACUGCGUGUUCAAACUGAGAACUCAAGUCGGAUCAAUGAUUGUAAGAAUAUUGUCCUUCGGUGGGUAGCUAGCAAGCUCGAACCUUUUCAAGCAAAGAAAGUUCUCAGAGGGCUGUCUAAUUGCCAUGCUAACAAAGUUUGUCCACUGGUUUUCCCUGACAUGAAGCAUGUUUCCAAGGGUUGUGGGGAUGGGAUAAGUAACAAGACAGCCUGCUGUCAUGAAAUGGAAAGCUAUGUGUCUCACUUGCAAAAGCAGAGCUUCAUCACAAACUUGCAAGCUUUGGAUUGUGCAGAUACUUUGGCAGCCAAAUUAAAACGAACAAAUAUUACUGAAGAUGUUUAUAGCCUGUGUCACAUAAGCCUCAAGGAUUUUUCCCUCCAAGUUGGAAACCAAGCGGCUGGUUGUCUGUUGCCUAGCUUGCCUUCGGAUGCUACAUUUGAUAGCACUUCUGGUAUUAGUUUCCUUUGUGAUCUAAAUGACAAUAUCCCAGCUCCCUGGCCUUCCACCUCUCAGUCAACAACUUCAUCAUGCAAUAAAUCUGUCAACAUCCCUGCUCUUCCUGCAGCAGCAUCCGGUCAAAAUUGUCUCUACAGCCGUAAUGUGCUGCUUUUCCUGUUUGUUGCUUUAUCAUUUCUCCGUAUGAUAGUCGCGUAAUUAUAAAUGCUGCUUCCUUAUUCCUACAACAAGAAGGAUUUUUUUUGGGCAGGCAUUACGCCAAAGGUUAACAAUGACCAGAUUGAUGAACUCAAUCGAAGGUGAAGUCCAACCAGUUUCUAAUCUUGUUGAUUCAUGAUUCUUAUUUGCUUGUGUAAUAAAAUAUUUGUAUAUAGGAAAUUUAGAAAGCAUAGGUUAUACACUGUAACUUAUUGAGGUUGGUAUGUAAGCCAGGAUUGCAUUUGGAGGCUUUUUGUAAUCACCCUUUCUUAGCUAUAGGCAUUUCAUUCAGGAAGAAGAUUCUUAAACAGUUAAACCUAUUAACUUGUUAAGAUCUGUCCCAAACCCAUCUCUUUCACAGCAUGCCCCAUUCUCAGUAAUGAGAUCUUGAUCUUGUUUUUUUGUUCAUGGUAAA